ACAGGCUCCUCGGGUCAGAGGGGGCCUCGCGCUCGGCGCCCCUUCUGGGCGGUCCUGUCACAGCCGUGCCCCCCUUCCGAGGGUGACCGUCACCGGGUGCCGUGCACUCGUGCAGACCUCGGUGUCCCCUCGCCACCUUCUCUGUUGCUUCACUUUGUUCUUCCGAUUCCGCAGCGAGUGAGGUCAUAUGGCAUCUGUCUUUCCCUGACGUGUCACUGAGCACAAUACCUCUGGGUCCAUCCAUGUGGUCGAAAACGGCGAGAUUUCCUUUUUGUGGCCCAGUGAUGUCCUGUGUGCAUGGGGCAGAGUGGGCUCAGCGGCGGGACCCGGCUGCCUCCCUCUGUGUCCACAGCUUUUUAUCCGCUCGCUGCGCCCUGCCACCUGUAAACAACCAGCUCCCUAUCUUAAGCAACCAGCAGCCCGGCCUCCUCCCGCUAUCUCCCCAUCUGGCCGAGGCCAGCGUUCACUCACGGGGCAAGAAGCUGGCUCUACAGCCUCUGCACACCCCACCGUGUUCCCAGGCUGUGUCCUCACUGGGCCCAGUGGGCACCGCCGACGGCGAAGAGGCACUAGUACUGAUACGCUCUCCACGGCGCUCUCCAACCAGGGCCUCAGGCAGCUUCCUGGUGACCAGGCCUCGGAAGAUGACCGGCCUUUAACAACCACAGCUCUAUCCUCCAGCUGCCCCAGCGCCAUGUGGAGCUGCGGUCCGCUCAACGGCACGGGCCGGGGCGAGGACCAGCCCCUCUGCCAGCACUCCCAGCUGGUGCUGUCCGCCUUCUCCCUGCUCUACCUGGCAGUCGGCGUGCCCGUGGGCCUGGGCUACAACGCGCUGCUGGUGCUGGCGAACCUGCAGGACCAGGGCAGCAUGACCAUGCCCGACGUCUACUUCGUGAACAUGGCCGUGGCCGGCCUGGUGCUCAGCGCCCUGGCGCCCGCGCACCUGCUGGGCCCCAGCGCCUCCGGGUGGGCCCUGUGGGGCUUCAGCAGCGAGGCCCACGUGACGCUGCUGGUCCUGUUCAACGUCUGCUCCCUGGUGACCAUGUACUCCACGGCCCUGCUCAGCCUCGACUACUACAUCGAGCGGGCGCUGCCGCGCACCUACAUGUCCAGCGUCUACAACAGCCGGCACGUGUGCGGCUUCGUCUGGGGCGGGGCCCUGCUCACCAGCUUCUCCUCCCUGCUCUUCUACAUCUGCAGCCACGUGGCGGCCAGGAUCGUCGAGUGCGCCAAGAUGCAGCACCCGGAGGCCGCCGACGCCAUCAUGGUGUUCAUCGGGUACCUGGUGCCCGGCCUGGCUGUGCUCUACGCCCUCGUGCUCAUCUCCCGGAUCCGCAAGGAGGACACGCCCCUCGACCAGGACUCGGGGAGGCUGGACCCCUCGGUGCACAGGCUCCUGGUGGCCACCGUGUGCACACAGUUCGGGCUGUGGACGCCGCACUACCUGACCCUCCUGGGGCACACGUCGCUGGCCCUGCGCGGGGGGGCGGUGGCCGGGCAGCACCUGGGGACGCUGCUCUUCGCGAAGGACCUGUCCCGGUGCCUGGCCUUCUCCAGCAGCGCCGUGACUCCGCUGCUGUACCGCUGCCUCAACAGGAGCUUCCCCGGCAAGCUGCGGCGGCUGGUCAAGAAGAUGCCCUGCGGGCGCCAGAGCUGCUCCGCGGACCAGGCGGGGGUCCAGCAGGUGCUGGCAUAGACGGCCAGCAGCACGGGGCCAGCCCAGAGGCGCCGCGGGCUCAGUGCACACCCACCGAUCGGGUCCGAGUCCCGGGGGAGGAGGGGCCGGCGCUCAGCCAGUCACAGCACUUUGCCACCCGUAGCUCUGUUGCUGUCCCCGCGGGGAAGCGCCGAGGCAAGAACACACAACAGCACAGGCCUGUGCUCUGGACCCAGUGCCUGUGCGAAGGGGAGCUGCGCUCGGCCUGGCACCUGGAGGCGGGCGUCCCCCCAGCGCCCUCCCACGGGGCUUCGCGAAUGAAGUGAUGGAAAUGAAAGCCAGUAUUUAUACUCUGUGUUGUUGGAAUGCUUGAUCCCCCACCUUAGGUUUGUUUAUAAAAAGAUGCUUGAAAGAAAA